AUGCAUACGCAAGUGACCGAUAGCUAUCUCCAGUGGCAAGGUGCCUCAGGGUCACUGUCAGUUUCAAUGCAGGGGGCUGUCAGUUCAGGAAGAUACAAGACAGCCAGUACAUUCGCUACUCACCAGUGUGACAGCAAUGUGUUGUCCAUGAUUAAACAAUGUCCAACGACAAGUCCAACAGCUGCUACCCCAAGCUGCAAACUGGAUAUAGUAUUUAUCGUAGAAAGGUACAAUCUGAGGUAUAUAAAAAGAUUUGUGGUAGAACUAUUAAAUGGAAUAUACGUUUCUACUGAUGGAGUGAGAGUGGGUUUUGUCAUAUAUGAUUCAACGGCAACAACAGUUUUUGGGCUCACAGCUCACAACACCUCUGCAGCCGUAAAAGCGGCCAUUGAAGCGAUUCCUGAGACAAAUAACAACAAUCAUUAUGUAAAUAAAGGUCUAAUUCAUGCUCGGGACAACGUGUUUACUUCCGCUGGGGGUGAUCGGGCAGACGCCAACAACUAUUACGUAUUUGUUGUGGGGCCAUACAAUAGUGAUACGGAUACAGUGGGGCGGGUCAUUAGGAGCGAUGUGAACAAUUUUAUUUUUGCCACCCAUAUUGGCUCGACUUAUGAAACGGAAUACAAAGAAACUGUUGGUGCCUGCAGUGACUACACCAAGUACACGAGCGUUGAUACCUAUGAAAAUUUGCUUACAGUUAGACAACAAGUUAUAGGAAACAUCACUUCCUGUCAGUCAGUCACUGCAAAAUCACAAGGUAUCGGUUUAUGA